AUGAAGUCCGUCGUCGCUAGCCUCGGCAUGCUCGCCGCUGUCGCCAACGCUUACCAGUUCCCCCAACACGCCCACUACCGCCGAGACAACGGAACCGACACUCAGACCACUCUGACUGUCAAGACCACCGUCGUUGAGACCAUCACCAGCUGCGCUCCUACCGUCACCAACUGCCCUGCUCGUGACCAGACUGCCAUUGCUCAGCUCCCCGAGUCCGACAAGGUCACUUACACUGCUACUCACACCGUCGUUCUCACCGAGGUUGUCUGCCCCGUCUCUGACGCCAGCUCUAUCUACACCUCCGUUCUCCACGAUGCCGAGACCGGUGGUGUUACUGGCAAGACCAUUCCUGCCACCGCUGCCGUCCCCAUGACCACUGGCGUCGCCUACCCUCCCCCCACUGAGGGUGACAAGACCGUUGUCUCCGACUACACCACCGACCAGGUUGUCACCCUUACCCAGGGUGAGGAGACCAUCACCACCACCAUCCACAAGACCCUCCAGACCACCAUCACCGUCCCCGCUGGCCCUGAGGUCACCGAUGACGGUUCCAAGGGCAACGGAACCCCUGAGGAUGAUACUACUACCACUACCACCAAGACUACCACUGGUACCAUCACCAAGACCAUCCAGCGCGUUGAUGAGACCAAGCCCGCUACUGGCGGUGACAACGGCUACAGCACCGGCAAGAGCGAGGGUGAGGACGAUGGCUCCAAGGGUACUGGCAACGGUAACGGAAACGGAAACGGCUCCAACAACGGUGGCUCCGGCUCCGGCGAGUGUGUCCCUGAGACCGUCACCGUCACUGCCCCUGCAUCCACCGUCUACGUUACCGUCGUCCCUGAGCCCACCAAGACCAACGGCGAUGCCGCCACUGUUACCGGCAAGGCCACUGAUGACUCUGAGGAUGGCGAUGACUCCGAGGAUGAUGAGGAUGACGAGGAUGAGAUCUGCGACACCACCACCACCUUGGAGGCUACCGUCACCGUUGUCCCUUACCCUGUCAACGGUACCGCCACCGGUGGUUACGCUAAGCCCACUGGUUUCUCCCGCCGUCUCCGCUAA